AGAGCCGAGCGGAGGAUUCGCCGCCGCGUCUCCCGGGCCGCCUUCCUUCCCUUGCCCGCCCGGUCCCGGCCGACAGGGCCCCUCCGCGGGCGGGGAGCCAGGCAUUCCCGGCUCCUCCUCCUCCUUCUCCACCUCCGCCUCCCGGCCAGGCAGGCAGGCAGGCAGCGCAGCCCCUCUCGGCCCUGCCCUGCUCCGGUGCGGCGGAGAAAGCGAGCGAGGCGGCGGUUGCCGGGAGACCCUGGGAGCGCGGAGCCGCGCAGCCCCCCGCCAUGCCGCUGCUCUUCCUGGAGCGCUUCCCCUGGCCCAGCCUGCGGGUCUACGCAGCGCUCAGCGCCCUGGCCCUGCUGGGCUGCCUGCUCAGCGCCCACAGCGCCCUCCGCCAGGCCGAGACCCCCGAGCCCGAGCCCGACGCCGGCCCCGGCCCGCCCGAAGGGGAAGCCACGGCCCUCGAGCCGCCGCCUCUGUCGUUGCCGCCGGCCCACCGCCCCGCCGCGCUGGACCUCGCCUACUACCUGCUCUCCGACGGCCUCUGCGUCUGGGUGUUGGUGAAUACAGCCUGUUGCAUUCUGAUGCUGAUAGCAAAGCUAAUACAGACCAUUGUUUUUGGUCCCCUUCGUGUUAGUGAAAGGCAGCAUCUCAAGGAUAAGUUUUGGAACUUCAUCUUCUAUAAGUUUAUUUUUAUUUUCGGGGUGUUAAAUGUCCAGACCGUGGACGAAGUUGUUAUGUGGUGCCUCUGGUUUUCUGGACUUGUGUUCUUACAUCUCAUGGUUCAGCUUUGCAAGGACAGGUUUGAAUAUCUGUCUUUUUCGCCCACCACCCCGUUGAACAGCCACGUUCGAGUCCUGACCCUGCUGGUUGUCAUGCUGCUUUCCUGCUGUGGCCUCGCAGUGGUGUGCGGUAUCAUUGGCUACGCGCAUGGAAUGCACACACUAUCCUUCAUGGCGGCGGAGUCCCUGCUUGUCACCGUAAGAACCGUGCAUGUGAUUUUACGUUACAUCAUUCAUCUCUGGGAUCUGAAUCACGAAGGCACCUGGGAGAGCAAAGGCACCUAUGUUUAUUACACCGAUUUCAUCAUGGAGCUGAUGCUGCUGUCCCUGGAUUUGAUGCAUCACAUCCACAUGCUGCUGUUUGGCAACAUUUGGUUGUCGAUGGCCAGUCUGGUGAUCUUUAUGCAGCUGCGUUACCUGUUCCAUGAAGUUCAGCGCAGACUGCGGCGCCAUAAGAAUUACCUGCGGGUGGUUGGAAACAUGGAAGCCAGGUUUGCAGUGGCAACUCCUGAAGAAUUGGCCUCCAACAACGAUGACUGUGCCAUUUGCUGGGAUUCCAUGCAGGCCGCCCGGAAGCUCCCUUGCGGCCACCUCUUCCAUAACUCAUGCCUCCGCUCCUGGCUCGAGCAAGACACCUCCUGCCCGACCUGUAGGAUGUCACUGAAUAUUGUGGAUAACCAGCAAGCUCCAGAGGAUCACCCAAGAGAGAACCUGGAUGAAAACUUGCCCCCUGUGGCAGCAGCCGAAGGAAGACCUCAUCUCAACCAGCACAAUCACUUCUUCCACUUUGACGGGUCUCGCAUCGCUAGCUGGCUCGAGCAAGACACCUCCUGCCCGACCUGUAGGAUGUCACUGAAUAUUGUGGAUAACCAGCAAGCUCCAGAGGAUCACCCAAGAGAGAACCUGGAUGAAAACUUGCCCCCUGUGGCAGCAGCCGAAGGAAGACCUCAUCUCAACCAGCACAAUCACUUCUUCCACUUUGACGGGUCUCGCAUCGCUAGCUGGCUCCCGAGCUUUUCGGUCGAGGUGAUGCAUACCACCAACCUCCUUGGGAUCGCUCAGGCCAGCAACUCUCAGCUCAAUGCCAUGGCCCAUCAAAUCCAGGAGAUGUUCCCCCAGGUUCCUUACCACCUCAUUCUCCAGGACCUACAGCUGACCCGCUCCGUAGAAAUAACAACUGAUAAUAUUUUAGAGGGACGUAUCCAGGUGCCUUUCCCAACACAGCGUUCUGACAGUAUCCGACCAGCAUUGAACAGCCCUGUAGAAAGGCAGAAUACCGACCAAGAAGAUGCUGAGGAGGACAUGGAGACGGAAAGGAUAUCACUUGAGCUCAGCUCAAGGCUGGAAGACACGGCGGAGUUUAAUGAAGCGGAAGCAGAAGCAGCCGAGACGGAGGACUUCGAAGUGAGAGGCAGUCGCUUCUCCAAGUCAGCAGACGAGAGGCAGCGGAUGUUGGUUCAGAGGAAGGAAGACCUGUUGCAACAAGCACGCAGGCGCUACCUGAACAAAAGCUUCGAUGAUCCCACGCCAGACUUUCCCUCCCAGGCUGAAGGAGCCGCCUCCGACUCCAUCACAUUACGACGCAGGAUGUUGGCCACUGCCGCCGAGCGAAGGUUACAGAAACAGCAUCCGUCCUAACGCUUCUGGUCCGCUGUUCCUUCCGCCCCCCCCCCCCACAGGUUAACCUCGAUAUCGUCCCGCUGCGUUCUUCUUGCUGGGAUCUCCUCCAAUCUGAGAAAAAAAACACGGCUCUAAGGACCAGGGAUCAGGUUGGGCCGCAUCUCCGCUCUCGAAAACAAAAAAGCAUGUGAUCACUCAUCAGUGUUUGGACGGCUGAGCCCUUUUCUCUCGGGUUUAUUGAUUUUUUCCCCCCCCAUCAGGUUGGGGUUUUCUCUCUUUUUCUUUUUUCUUUUUUUUGCAGGGGGUGCCUAAUUUCUACACCCAGCCACCCACCCCCUCUUGGUGACACCCCCAAGGGACAACUUUUCAGGUUUACUGUGUUUUGCAAGGGGGGGGGGAGAAAUGAGGGGGCAGUGUGUUUGUGGACAGUGUGAGUGACAGUCCCUUGCCGAUAUGACUUCCCCGGAGGAGUAGUAGAAUAAGUGAGCAGUGAAGGGUUAUUUUUUUAAAAAAAGAGAAAGGAAUGGUCAUUCCACCCUCCUCCUCCUCCUCCUCCUCAUUCUCCUCCUCCUUCAUUCUCCUUCUCUUUCUCCUUUCUCCUCCUCCUUCUCCUCCCCCUUCCUCCUCCUCCUUCGUUCUCCUUUCUUCUCCUCCUCCUCUUUCUCUUCUUCUUCCUCCUCCUCCCUUCUGUAAGCAAACAUGGCUGCUGGUUUUUUCCCCCAUGUAUGCAGCAUCAUUUGGGGAAAGGUGACAUUUCUACAGCUUGGGGCAGGGAAGCAGCAUGUGUUAAUCUGCAGGAGUUGCAUGGAGCAAAAGUUUUGCUGCCGUUUCCAAGCGACUCGAAGCCAGAUGUUAACACCCACCCACCCACCCACCCCCAGUUUCUCCCGUGGAAAGUUUUGGUCGUCUCUGGGUUGCUUUUCCCGAGAGGCUGGCGAGAAAAUUCAGUUUUAACUGUGGCUAGCAUUAGAAAACCCAGUCACAGGAAAGCUGUAAGUUGCUUUUUUAGUGCAGCAUUUCCGUAAAGCAAGCAGGGCAAAGCAAAGAGAAUUCAACUUGCUGCUGGCGUUCCUCCCUGCUGGCGUUCUGAAGACGGCAUUUCCUUAUGAUAGACGGGGCAGCACGCAAAAAUAUAUAUUUUUUUAAGUGUACAUUUUGCAAUAACGUUAGCUUGAUAAGAUGUGCAGGUUUAAAAGACUUGAGGGCUAUUUGAUAUGUAGUUAGGUAUGUUCCAGCAGCUCUCAAAUCCUUAAAUUGCUAGUAACUGUCGGAAGCUUCCUAGGUUUUUGGCUCCGUAAAUAUGUUUACAACGCAAGGCAAGCAAUUAUUAAGUGUUUCAGGAGUAUCCCCCGUAUCCAGAAGGAGCCCAGUAUUAAUGGGGAAAAAAAACCAGAAACAAAAGAGAAUUUCUUUCACUGCUAGGUUUUUAGGACGUUUAAAGGUGAAUACCGUAUAAGAAAACCGGACAGUGUUUAAGUGAAGAUAAUUUAUUUCGAUAUACCCUUUGCAAAGCCUUGCUUUUCAAUGCUUGUUUAAACUUUGGAGGGGAAAAAAAAUACAGACUCUUGUGGUUCAAUUUUGCUCAGAACUCAGCUCUUUGUUUUUAUUGUUUUAAAAAAGGAAAAUAAAAACUCUUGAUCAGUG